GGUUCUUUUGCCCUGAUUGAACUUGAGUUAGUACAUCUAAGAUUUAGAAAAAGAACAUUUAAAAUGCCUAGAUUAGGAGGUGAUUUCAGGCAUGCAGAGAUGGCUAGCAGAAAAAAGAGAAUGGAGUUGAUUUUAGGGAUGUACCAAAUUUAUAGUAUGUUGAAGAACCUAAGAUGGGCAUUAAAAAUGCCUUGCUAUUUAAAAUGAUCUUUAGUUUUAAAAUUACUGUAAUCUUUGUUAGGUAUUAAUUUUAUAGGUAAUAUAUACUUGCAUUUGAUACAUGUAACAAAAGUAAAACUUUGAAAAUCCCUGAUAUUUUCAGUAGCUCCAGAUGGCUAGAUCAGGUACAGGAAGAGGACGUGCUGCAUUCACCUUCAACGUUGAGGCUAUAGGCUUUGCUAAAGGUUCAUCCUUACCUGACGUCGUGUGUAAGCCUCCACCACCAUUUCCUAGCACAGACAAUAAGCCAGUGCCUCUGAAAACAGGAGAAGAUGAAGAUUACAUGUUGGCCUUAAAACAAGAUCUUAGAGGAACUAUGAAAAAAAUGCCUUAUUUUUUGGCAGUAGAAGAGGACCAUGAAGUAAUUGAGAGGUACAGUAAAAAGUACCAGAACAGUGAAAAGGAGCAUGCAGCAUGGACCCCAGAUUGGAGAAGACUCCCAAGAGAGCUGAAGCCAAAGAAGAAGACCAAAAAAGCAGGUGCAAAACCAAAAAAGGCAAAAAGUUCUGAACCUAAAAGUAACCUCGAUGUGUUGAAAAAAAUUGAGGAGUUGGAAAAGAAGGGUGAUGAAGAAGAAAAAUCUGAAGAUGAGAAAGACAAAACAGAAGACAAAGAAGGUGAAGAUGACGAAGAAGCAGAAGAACCAGAGGAAUAUGACGAAGAGGAGCAUGAAGAGGAAAAUGACUACAUUUCUUCAUAUUUUGAAGAUGGAGAUGACUUUGAUGCUGGCGGUGAUGACAAUAUGGAUGAAGCAACAUACUAGCUAUUGUUGCUAGGUGGUACACUGCCGAAGCCUUACACUACUUGAAGUAGAAUUCCAGAGGUAGGCUGAGUAUUAACAGAACUAAUGCUUUAGCUCUGUUGAUUUUAAGCAUACUGUCCAAAACCACGUUGGACAAUUAUUUUUAAUUGUACUAUGCUGUAAAACAGGAUAUGGGAUCCUUUGUUUUUGUUCUUUUGCCAAAUGUUUUGCAGACAUGCACCUUUUUAAGGUUUUCCAGAAUGGCUUACUGAUGGAGUAAGCUAUAUGCCACUAUAUUGCCUCUGCACAGAAAAAGAAUGUAUGCAUUUUAAUCAAAAUUGUGCCUAAGCAUUUGCACUAGUCAGUUCUAUGCUUCAACAGUCAAAUCUUGAGAAUAACAGUGAAAUUCUUGAUGACUGCGGGGAAAAAAAAAAAAAAAAGCCAUGGCCUUUAUGGACAUAAGCUGCUGAUUUGGAGCUGACUUCUCUGGAGGAGUUCAGGUAACUUCUGAAUUCAGGUGACUGAAAAGAAUUGAAAAUAAACUAAGCACUUUAAUAUAAAGUGACUUUAAAGUACCUUAGUAAUAUGGGCAGACAACAUAAUGAGAGUAUUUUGAACAGCUAUUAUUCUAGUUAAAAGAACUCAUUAGUAUUUUGGUAAAAAGGGACUGUAAUAUUAAACAAUGGGUUACAUUACCUUUAUGAAUCCGCAUAAGUGAUAAUUAAGGGUAAUUUCAUUUAGAAAUAUGGCAGAAUUUAAGACUGAGAAAUUAUGGAAUCCUGGUUUUCAGCAGUGGCACACUGAUAAGUGAUGAGAAUUCCAUCUGCCUCAGUUUCUCCACCUCUUAAGGUGAUACUUUCUUACCUCACAGCGCUGUUCAUGUGAGAUGGCAGAUGUUACCUAUCUGUGUAAUUGUUAAUGCAUUUAUUUACUUUCCUACAGAACAAACAAGACAGAAACUUAACAGACAGCACAUCAAUAUUAAAAACAAAACAAAAAAACAACCAAACCCAAAUAAAAAAUGUAGGAAAAGAAUGUGGUGAAGUAUUUUAAUGCAUGAAGUUUUAACUAGGAGAACAAGACAAGAAUGCCAAGAAUAGCAAAACCAGAAUGUUUGGAAACAUCAGUUUUAUUUAAGAACCAACAACUGAGGUGUAGAAAACCUGUUCCCAAGAUCAGAUACUUGAAGAACCCAGUGACAGAGCAAUUUCUGUGUCCUGUUGUCCUUUGAUGGUACAAAGUAUUAUUGGUCUGUGUUACUAUUAUUACUAUUGAUCAGGGUUGUUGGUUUUGUUUGUUUUUGUUUAACUUCUUAAAACAUUCUGUUCCUGAUAACUAUUGCUGUUAUUGGGUCUAAUGAAACAACAGUUUUAAACCAAAUCCAAUUCUUUCAUCAGCAAAGGAAACUACAGAAGUUUCCCUUGCAAUUUUGGCAGUUUGUCAAGCAGUACUUUACCUCACCAGUGACUGGAAAACAGUAUUGCAUUGUUCUAUGAACUUCAUAUGCAGUAAGAACUUGUUCCUUGAGCUGUAGCUUUCAAGUGUUCUGAUAAAAUAUGUAUCAGAUGUAAAGAAAAUUAAACUAAAAUGCUAUGCAGGUCACACCUCAGCAGUAUACCAGUUUUAUUUUGAAGUGUUCAUACAAAUGUUUAAUAAAUGUUCUGCUGUACUGCACAGGAAAUGUGUUCUCUGUUCAUUGUCUUUUAACAUCACACAUGGCAGCAGCUGUUUCUUAACAGGUGUGCCUGCUUCUUGCAUGGCAUAUACGAGACAGGUAUCAACAAGGUAACCAUGUUGAAAAUUAAAUUUGCAUGCCUCAAGUGUUAUCUUCUGCUAGCUGUUCCCCCCUGUGCAGGGUGAACAGUGGGACUCCUAGCCUCACACAAGGAACGCAAACUGAUGGCUUUUGCCAAAGGCAGAACUAGAAAAUUAACACUGGAAAAGCAUUACUGCAUGACUUAGAAUUUGGUCACAAGCUGUUGCUUGCUUGAACAGGUACAAUACCUUAUUUUGUAGCCGAUGCUGACUCUUGAGGAUGAUGACUUACUUCAUUCAUCAUACUGCUAAUUGGAGAGACAAUUACUUCCCUGCUGUACUGCUGAGAAUUGCUCUGGCAGAAACUGGGUCUUUAUGUGACUUUUUAAAAGGUGAACUAUGGUCACCUCUAUCCUCCAGCGGGAACCACAAAGUCUUAGGAUGGACCCUCUAGCACUACUUUAACUAUGGCAAAUAAGGCCAGCGGUUAUGAACGCACCAGGUUCUGCAAUGAUCCAGCUUUGUGCCAAGGCACUUCUGAAAUGGAAUGAGGUUGUGCUGUUCCAGAGGCGUAAUGCUUGCAGCUGUCUUUAUAAGCUGAUUUAACGAUCGCUUAGAAUUCACUGCAAGACCAUAAUGCUGAUGGAACAGACCACUGUUUGGGUCUCAGCAAACUCUGGGUUUGGACAGGCAUAUAUUCAAAUCCUAUCUUAACAGCACAGCAUAACACUGCUGCUUCAUAGAAGGCACUGCUUUCAGUGUGUGGGGAGAUCACCCUUAGGGUGAUCUACGAACUUCGCUGAUCCUUGCCUUAGCUUUUCAUGGCUAUUUCUUAAUCCAUAUUUUACAGAACCAGCAAGUUCUCAGAACUUUAAGCAGAAAAAUCUACGUCCUACAAGGUGUGCACACGGUAAACCGUUAAGGCUCCAGCCAGAUGCAAAUGCUGUAUGCAGGUACUGCCAACAAACUCACUUGUUGGCCAAGGAUUUUUACUUCAGAUCAUACAUCAAAAGUAGCCAAAACACACACAAGUAGUGGCCUCCUGUAAUACACCAUGCAAGGUAUAUAGAACUAAGAAUAUAUUGUAUGCACCACUUUCACUGCAGUCUAAAAUAAAAUUUUUUUUUACGUAUAUUACUUACGUUCUUCUAAAAGCAGAGAAGUAUUUAAAAUUAGACUUGCUCUUCAUUCAGGAUUAUUUUACAAAGUUAUAUCUUCAGCCUUUAUAAAAUAGUUAUACAAAGACUAUUUGUAACAACAUAGUCCAUAAUAAAGCACAUUUAAAUAAUUUACAUUUUACAUGAUCCAACAGUGCAAUAUGCACUUAAAUUUAAAACCAAUUUCCUGAUCAACAAUGUGUUGUAAUUAAUCUAAAACAUGAUUUGCCACUCAGUUGUGCUUUUUAUUUUUAAGCAAGUCAGUUUCUAAAGACUUAACUUUACAGAUUUUAACUUCAAUCAGACUGAAGUUACAUACAAAGCAGCCAACCUCUUUAUUCAGGGCUGACACGUGGUGAUGUAUUGCCAGUUGUGUUGUACUUUGGAAAAAGCACUGCAGAUCCCUGCAUCCUGCAAAAAAACAAGCCAGCUGAUGCUUGUAGAUAACCAGUACUAGGAGCCCUACAAUCCUGGAAAGAGACCUACUCUUAUCUUCUCAUAAAGUUAAUUCUCUUAAAUUAAAAAUACGCUAUGUGAAAUAUGCUGCAUAAUAAAAUAGUAAAAACACACUAGGCUCUUGGUUAGAGUAUCAUACAGUCCAAUGCAACAGCUAUCCCUUUGUGUUUUUUUAAUGACUGCCUAUCCUAGCAUACAUAAAGGCCCAUCACACUCGACGCGGUGACAAGAAGCCACAGGCCUUCCAGCACUGCAGAAGCCCAAAGUGUGAGCGAUGCCAGAGAACUAUUCUGCAGUACCACUGCAAGGCACAGAGCAAUGGCUAACAACCCAUCAUCUCUCCACUUGCCCAUCAACAGGAUAGAGGCCUUCCUGAGGGAGUCACACCACAGCUGACGCUCCCUUCCAUACUGAUGUCAAUUUGAUGCCCAUCAGCCCAGGUAUGUGCAGUACAUUAGGCCUAUGUUGCAUCACAAUAGUUAAUUCCAUGUUCUUCCACAGUUUCUUAAGAAAUGGGAGAAUAAAAGUAUUAGAAAUGUUGAGGUUUCAGAAACAGAACGAAGGGGAAAGAAGCAAACCAGCAAAUAAGCUUGCAGGAAAAAAGACACACGUACCAAGUUUCAGUCCUGCACAGAAAACAUCUGUCUUGAUGUGCCAAAGCUGUUGUCCAGACCAGCGCAAGUCACCUUCUACACUGCCAGCCAUUGAGGCUGUGGCUCACUUCAGCCACCAUCAGUUAUUCUGCAAUGCAAUUUUUCAUACAGCAUGACCCAGAACUAGUACUUCAGUAUUCAUGCUUGUGUUACUGGCACAUUCCUUUCAUGGAAAGCACCAAUUAAAAGAUCUCUGAAAACAAGCGUUAGGUGAAACAUGAAAUUUACGCCUGUUUGCAAUCUCUCUUCUCAUGUGGAAACUAUGAGUAGUUUCCACUAUCUCCAGAGAUACCACUUUGAUCAAAGGGUUCAAGAGCAGCAGCUCACAGUUCACAUAUCCAAGUGUACAGCCUUUCCCUUUAAGCUCUGGCCUGCUUCUAUUUCAGUAUAAUACAUUAAAAGUUAACAGGGCAUGCUCAUACACUGGGCAUGCCAGUGGAGAGUAUUUGUCCCACCUCCUGCGGCAAUAGAAGCCUCCAGAAACAGAUGGGGCGUUGAGUCUUUACUUUCAAAAUUUAAGUUGAUAAAGCACUUUGGAAUACCUCCAAUACUUAGGAAACAUUAACUUUUCCCCCCCCUUUUUUUUUUUUAUACUGUAUAUACUUACCAAAGACACUCAAAGGAAAGC